AUGAAGAAGUUUUACGGCCUCAGGGGCACCCAGCUCAACAUUGCCAUUGCUGUCAUUGCAGGCACGGAUUUUGCUCUCUUCGGCUAUGACCAAGGUGUAAUGGGUGGUUUGCUCACCCUCAAGUCCUUCGUCAGGUAUUUCCCCGAGAUCGACAGUGUCAACCCACCCCCAGGCAGCUCAAAGAGCCAUGCUGCGACGACCCAGGCCAUCACCGUUGGUGCAUACACGCUCGGCUGCUUCUUCGGCGCUGUCGCUACCAUCUGGCUUGGAAAUAUGCUCGGACGUAAGAAGACCAUCUUCAUUGGCUCUGCCAUCAUGGUUGUUGGUGCUGUCCUGCAAACCUGUUCCUAUGGACUCGCCCAGCUCAUUGUCGGGCGAUGGAUCACGGGCUUCGGCAAUGGCAUGAACACCAGUACCGUCCCAACAUGGCAGUCGGAAACAUCCAAGCCCCAUCGCAGAGGUCAAAUGGUCAUGAUUGAGGGCUCACUGAUUGUCUUUGGUGUCAUGCUGAGUUACUGGCUUGACCUUGGCUUUUCCUUCCUUGAGCCCAGCAGCAUCGCCUGGCGCUUUCCCAUUGCCUUUCAGAUCAUCCUGGCUCUGUUCAUCCUCGCACUCAUCCCAGGUCUCCCUGAAAGUCCGCGUUGGUUGGUGCUCAAGGGUCGAGAGGAUGAGGCUUUGGAGGUGCUGGCUGCGCUGAGCGACCUUCCUCCCACAGACAAGAAGAUUGAGGCAGAGUUCCAGGCUGUCAAGGAUGUCAUUGCGGAAAUGUCCCAGGGUAGUUUCCGCGACUGCUUCAAGUUCAACAAGAACCGCAACUUUCACCGCACUGCCUUGGCCUAUGUCAACCAGAUGUUCCAACAGAUUUCUGGUAUCAACCUCGUCACCUACUAUGCUGCCACUAUCUUUGAGAACUCGAUUGGUCUCUCACCCUUCCUCAGUCGUCUCUUGUCUGCCUGCAACGGUACUGAGUACUGGAUCGCAAGUUGGAUUGCCAUCUUCACGAUUGAAAAGUUUGGUCGUCGCUCUUUGAUGAUCUUUGGUGCAGCAGGCAUGUCAAUGUCCAUGGCAGUGCUGGCGGGUGCUACCAGCAACAUUGGCAGUCACAGCUUGGGAUUGCUAGCUACUGUCUUCCUCUUUGUCUUCAACUCGUUCUUCGCCGUUGGAUGGCUAGGCAUGACUUGGUUGUACCCUGCUGAGAUUACACCGCUGUCCAUCCGUGCCCCAGCCAACGCCAUCUCCACCACAGCCAACUGGAUCUUCAACUUCCUCGUCGUCAUGAUCACACCGCCCGCCUUUGCCAACAUUGGCUACCAAACCUACAUCAUCUUUGCCGUCAUCAACGCCGCCAUGGUCCCAUCCGUCUACUUCUUCUUCCCUGAAACCGCAUACCGCUCGCUCGAGGAAAUGGACGAAAUCUUCCACAACACGACAAACGCUUUCGACGUUGUCAAGAUUGCCAACGAGCUGCCGCAUCGUUAUGGCAAGCGCGGUGAGCUGCUGAUCGACUAUGCCGACACGGAGCAGGCGCACGAGGCCGAGCGCAGAAGAAGCUCGGUUGUCGGUGCGCAGCAGAAUGCUACUUCGUCUGAGAAGACGUUGGAGAAGGAGACUGAGACCAAGGAGCAUGUGGAGAAUGGCGGUGUGCUGAACGGUUAG